AUGAUUCUACAUCAUCUGAUGGCCAGGAAUUUAUUUGUAGUUAGUUUGUUGAUUCUUUCGCUUGUCUUUAACUCAUGCACAGCUCACUCAUGGAGGAACAAUAGUUCUCUGGAUGAUGUUGGUCCACGUUGUGAACCUUCUUCCCAUCCGUUUGGUCUGUGCAAGACAAGAGCAGCAGCUUUUGGCUAUCCAUGUGAAGAUCACAUGGUCACAACAGAAGAUGGUUAUAUUCUUAGCCUAAAGAGGAUUCCUCAUGGUGUUUCUAACUCGACCCAGAAUACAACGAGGAUACCAGUACUACUAUUCCACGGGCUCAUGGUGGAUAGCGUUUCUUGGGUACUGGGUACGCCAAAACAAUCACUUGGAUUUAUUUUGGCAGAUGGUGGGUUUGAUGUUUGGUUUGCCAACACCCGUGGAACUAAUUCCAGUCGGAACCAUACCUCGCUCACCCCAGAUGAUCCGGAGUACUGGAAUUGGACGUGGGACCAACUUGCUGCCUAUGAUCUUCCUGCCGUGCUUCAGCAUGUCUAUGAUCACACAGGAGGCCAGAAAGUCCACUAUAUCGGUCACUCCCUGGGAACCUUGAUUAUUCUUGCAGCCUUCUCAGAGCACAGGUUACUUCAUUUAGUUCGAUCGGCUGUGUUGCUCUGCCCAAUUGCUUAUCUGUAUAAGACAAAAUCAAAACUCACCCGGCUUGCUACUCAAAUCCUCCUUGCAGAAGCAUUUCACUUUCUAGGAUAUCGUGAGUUCAAUCCUGUUGGGCCAGUUUCACAUGAAAUUCUGCUCAUAAUAUGCGGUGACCCUGAAAUCGACUGCUACGACCUAUUUACGGCUGUUAUGGGACCGGACUGCUGCCUCAAUGCUUCAACUGUAUGUAACUUCCUGCAGCAUGCUACACAGUCCACCUCUAUCAAGAACCUUAUUCACAUGUCGCAGAUGAUCAGGUACGAAGGGGUCAGAAGGUAUGACUAUGGCAACGCCAAGGAAAACAUGAAGCAUUAUAGCCAGCCAAGCCCCCCGCUGUACAACCUCUCAUCCAUCCCCACCCAUGUCCCCAUGUUCCUCACCCAUGGCGGCCAAGACUUCCUCGGCGAUGUCCCUGACACCAGGCACCUCCUGAAGACUCUUGUCAGAACCCAUGACAGCGACAACAUGGAGGGGCCGCACGAACGCGUACCCCCUCUAUCGCAAAUUACGACGUCCACUCUCCCACUUGGGGAGAUGGUAGGCCAACGCACUCACCAGGUGCAAUGUGAGCCAUUGAUCUAG